AUGGAAGACAGCCUGAGCAACCUGCGCCGCUACUACAACCAGAGCGCAGCGGGGUCUCACACCCUCCAGAAGAUGUACGGCUGCGACUUGGGCUGCGACUUGGGGCCCGACGGGCGCCUCCUCCGCGGGUACAGUCAGUUCGCCUACGACGGCGCCCACUACAUCGCCCUGAACGGGGACCUGCGCUCCUGGACCGCGGCAGACGUGGCCGCUCAGAUGACCAGGCGCAAGUGGGAGGCUGAAGGAGUAGCAGAGUUCGUGAGGAGCUACCUGGAGGGGGAGUGCGUGGACUGGCUGCGCAGAUACCUGGAGCACGGGAGGGAGAUGCUGCAGCACUUAGAUAAGAGGGAUCCCCCAGAGACACACGUGACGCACCACCCCAUCUCAGACCAUGCGGUCACCCUGAGGUGCUGGGCCCUGGGCUUCUACCCUGCGGAGAUCACCCUGACCUGGCAGCGAGAUGGGGAGAACCUGACCCAGGACAUGGAGCUGGUGGAGACUAGGCCUGGGGGGAAUGGAACCUUCCAGAAGUGGGUGGCUGUGCUGGUGCCAUCUGGAGAGGAGCAGAGAUACACGUGCCAUGUGCAGCAUGAGGGGCUGCCGGAGCCCCGAGUCCUGAGAUGGGAGCCCCCUCCUCAGUCCUCCAUCCCCACCGGGGGCCUCAUUGCUGGCCUGGUUCUCCUUGGAGCUGUGCUCACUGGGGCUGCGGUGGCUGCAGCUGUGAUGUGGAGGAAGAAGCACCCAGGUAGGGAAGGGAAUGGGGCAUCCUGUCCACUGGGAGCUUUCAAGUCCCAGGGGGACCUUGCCCCCACCCCCCAUUAA